GGGGCACCUCAGCUUUAAUCCACACCACUUUAGAGCCCAGCCAGUGUCUACUUAAAGGGACAUUAGGCAGGAAAUGUUAUGCAAAUGGCUGUUUAUGGCCUCAUCUUUGUGUCAGCCGCUGGUUUGGUCGACUGUCUACGGCACUGAUCUCCAGCUUAGCAGAGAGGAGAAUAAUCCUUUAACACCUAUCUCACAGAUUUUUCUAUUGUUAGAUUAGAUUUUCAACAUCAACGCCGUUCCAUAUUUCUAUCUACGCAGUUCAAAAGUUCAAGGACACAGGGGCAUCUAAGGUUAUGGACCUUAGAUGCGAAAUAUUUCAAACAGUUCCGACAGUCUGUCAACCUGACUGGAAGGAGUUUUUGUUCCCUGUCAAUAUUGAGAGAGAAUAUUAGGGACUCUCUUUGACUGUGGGGCACUGGGAGACCCUUAGUAAGCAGAUUACCUCCACAAAUCUAUGCCAGGACACGUUUUGCGUGUCUCUGUGUGUCACUAUUUGCAUGACAGUGGGUGUGAGCGUGAGAGUUCACAGAUAUACACCCUGAUCGGUAAUAUCGGGCCACUGAGACACCUUUUUUUUAAGUCACCAGCUCACUGCUGACACCUACUGUACAUGAAUGAUACAAGCGCUUUUGUAAUAUGAAUGGCCACCACAAGCGGCCAACCCUGGUUCUUGGAAUAUUCUUCGGAACUUGUUUUCGCUGAUUAGCUUCAAAUUACGGUCCCUGAUAAUAAAAAGGGAAGUCAUUCAUCACUUGUGCCAAAAUACUGUCAGGUUCUCGGGGGCUGAGCUCAUUUGUGAUGCAGCGUCAGAUUUCUUUUUUUCAAAUGAAAUGUUUUAAAGUUGACAAUGUAAAUAAACGUAUUUACCAGUAGAAUUGUGAAAACAAACAAACAAACCUUGACCUUCUGGUUUGGUCUGUACCUUCUCAUCCUCUGCUCAGUGUUUGACCAGUGAUGAUGAAAGGAGCUGCGCCAGGAAAUAAACAUUUGAAUGUGGCGAUAUUUAAAGACCACUUCCCGUGUUUGACAUUUACCUUGGGUUGAGGGACGGCAUUGUGACUCACAGCUGCCAGAGGUGCGGCCUGGGACUCGAACUGGCAACGCGACACGAGCAGCGGAGGGGACGACCAGAUGUUGUCCUCUGUCCGUGGGGAACACAGUGUGUCACACAUGCGCUGCAGGUGGUGGGAAAAAGGAGGGAGAGAAAGGGAGAAAAGAACAUACAUCGAAGCAGAGUGGAGACCGAGCUGCAGAGGAUUCUCAGACAAGUUCGCCCUCUGUUGUCCUGCAUUGAAAAGGACCGGACUGAAACUGAGACAUUUAGAUGAGACAAAAUGUGAACUCUUUGGACGAACGAAGCAACGGGGCCUGUGUUUGGGUGUUUCGGAGGGAGAACAUCCAACUCCAAGAACAAUGAACACAAUGAAUCACAAGACCUGAGCUGAUCAGCUACUGUAACAGUGGUCAUCCCCUCCUGGUAGGAGGGACUAUGUAGAUCUGCAUCAAAGAGAAGCCCCCCCACACUCCCCGCUAUUUGCUCUUUCAAACUGGAGGUGUCCCACGGCCUCCAGUGGCUCCAACAGCCUCGGUGGAGGAGAAGACGUCUUUUCCAGCACCGCUGCUCCCCUGCAUGGAUCUGCUGGGAUAAGUGAACGAUGUUAGGAGGAAACAUGGCACAGGCAGGUCAGAGACGAGACAAACCGACCAGGCAGCGAGAGGAAGUCAGCAUCAUGUUGGUGGGUGACAGAGCCGUGGGGAAGAGCAGCUUGAUCAUUAGCUACGUCUUCAAUGGAUACAACAGCCAGUGCAGGCCCACGGUCUUUGACGUCUUCACCGGUUUGGUUCACGUGAAUGGCGUCCCGACUCGUAUCAAACUGAUCGACACAGCUGGGCAGCAGGAUUUUGACCAUCUACGCUCUCUUUGCUACGCCCACGUGGACGUCUUCAUCCUCUGCUUCAGCCUGGUCGACCCCGUCUCCUUUGACAACAUCACCUCCAAAUGGAUCCCGCAGAUCCGUGCCGGCAACCAAAGGUCUCCCAUCGUUCUGGUGGGAACUCAGUCGGACCUCAGGCACAGUGUGGACGUUCUCAUUCAUCUGCACCAGUGGAACACCAAACCAGUGCACUUCCGUAAAGCCAGAAGGAUGGCUCAGAGAAUCAGGGCUUGUGAUUAUGUAGAGUGUUCGGCUCUGACCCAACACAACCUGAAGGAUGUGUUUGAUUCCGCUGUGUGGGCUGCCAUUAAACACAAGAAAUCCACCACUGGGUGUAAGAAGCUGAACCUGUAUAAACAGCUGAGGGAUAUUUGCACUCAUGGACUCAAGAAAAUCUUCAAGUACAUCUGACACAGAAAGAGUGAUGCGAUGUCCUUUUUUUACUUCACAAUUUACUUUACAUUACUUGACUAUGACUGUUACAUUUCCCUCUCUUUCACUCUUUAAUCUUUACGUUUUGUCAUUUUUUUAUCUGUUGUUCGUACUCGUCUGUUUGUUUUCAUGGCUGUUCCUCGUUCUCUGAAAAUCUCUUUGAUCUGAGUUUGAAGUUUGUUGAGUAAAUGUAACAAAAACAAACAAGCACACACUGCGCUGACUGUAAAUUCUUCACCGGAGGAUCCUGUCAGUUUGAAAACGGAGGGAAAAUUCAAACUGCCGCAUGGGACAAAUGGUCGCCUGCUGCUGCUUUGAAGUGUUACUUUGCAAGACAAAAGCCAGUUAAAUCUGGCCUCUGAGUUGGUGCUAAUGCUGUAGGGUCUUUUCUAACUGCCUUUAAAUUACUUUAUUAUCAACAGACACAUUUACAAAAUGACUAAUUAUUGGACACAUUAGUUUAAUGUAUUCAGUAAAGUUGAUUUGAGGCUGCAACAAGUGACCAAACGUCCCCACGUGUAAAUUUUAAAAUUAACAAAAAACUUUUACAACAAAACAAUACAAAAAACAAAAUAAAGAAUAAACAAAUAAUUAAAAGAUAUAGAAAGCAGUUCAGGGGUA